GGACGUUUCGGAUGUUGACUUGGCUCAACAUCUUCGCUGCCCUGUCAUUUCCUUGUAGGACUUUUCCUUGUCUCAAUCCUUUAAACUCUGCAAAUUCUCUAUUGAAUUCAUCUUGUUUCAUCGUUUCAAUCAAUGUAUCAUCUGGGUCCAAUCUGAUUUCUUGUUUUCUUUUCAAGACACCAAAGGAAACUGAAGCAAAACUAAAAACUCACCCUUUAUCUACCCUUUCACUAAUGUCUGCUCUUAUUGCUUCUUCAUCUUCAUCUUCUUACACAGCCUCUGAAUGGAAAUAUGAUGUGUUCAUUAGUUUCAGAGGUAAAGAUACACGUGAUAGCUUCACCAAUUAUCUAUACAAGGAUUUAUAUCAAAAGGGCAUUGAGACAUUCAUUGAUAAUAAACUCAAUAGAGGAGAAGAGAUCACUCCAGAGCUACUGAAAGCAAUUCAAGAAUCAAUGGUUGCUGUGGUUGUUUUCUCUCACAACUAUGCUGAUUCACCAUGGUGCUUGGAUGAGCUUGUGCAUAUAAUGGAAUGUAAAAGGGCUCAUGGCCAGAUUGUCUUGCCAGUUUUUUAUAGAGUAGAUCCUUCUGAAGUGGAAGAGCAAAUUGGGGAGUUUGGGAAAGGUUUCGAUGGAGCUAAAAAGCAAGCUAAUGGUGAUAUGAGGUUGGUGAAGAAGUGGAAAGCUGCUUUAAAGGAUGCUGCUAAUCUUUCUGGUUGGGAUUCAUCUGUUGUCAGGCCUGACUCCAAACUUAUCACUGAAAUUGUUAAUCAUAUAUUGAAGAAAUUGAAUCAUACACCAUCAAGUGAUACUGAGGGACUGAUUGGCAUAGAAUCCUCCCUAGAACAAGUGGAAAAACUACUAGGUAUUGGAUUUUCUGAUGUUCGCACCAUAGGAUUAUGGGGCAUGGGUGGCAUAGGCAAGACGACCAUUGCUGGAGUAAUAUUUAACCGCAUAUCUGCUCUAUUUGAUAGUUGCUGCUUCCUUGCAGAUGUUAGGAAAGAAUCAGAAACAACAGGUCUGCCUCAUUUGCAGGAAGCACUUUUCUCUAUGUUGUUAGAGGAUGAAAAUUUAAACAUGCAUAUGCUAAGUACGGAACCGUCUUGUAUUAAAACUAGGCUCCAUCGCAAGAAGGUUCUUGUUGUUCUUGAUGAUGUUAACAGUUCGAGACAACUAGAACUUCUAGCAGGUAUUCACUGGUAUGGUCCUGGAAGUAGAAUCAUUAUAACUACUCGAGAUAGACACCUGCUAGUUAGCCAUGCAGUGGAUUUUGUAUAUGAGGUCAAGGACCUAAAUGAGGAACAUGCACUUGAGCUCUUUAGCCGGUAUGCCUUUAAGCAGAAACAUCGGACGGCAGAAUUUACUGAGCUCUCAAUACGUGCUAUAGAUUAUUGUAAAGGACUUCCUUUGGCGCUUAAAGUUUUGGGUUCUUCUCUAUAUGGUAGGAGUGAGAAUCAGUGGAAUGAUUCAUUAAAUAGAUUAGAAAAACAUUUUAACAAGGAUAUUCAGCAAACACUUCGAAUAAGUUUUGAUGGACUUGCUGAGUUAAACAAGUCUUUGUUUCUUGAUAUUGCUUGUUACUUUAGGGGGCAGGACAAAGAUUAUGUUGCAAAGCUUCUAAAAAGCUUUGGCUUUUUCCCUGAAAGUGGAAUAAGUGAACUUAUUGAUCAUUCCCUAGUAACCGUUUUUGACAACACCUUAGGAAUGCAUGAUUUGCUACAAGACAUGGGUCGGGACAUUGUGCGUCAACAAUCCCUUAAAGAUCCUGGCAAACGUAGUCGAUUGUGGGAUCAUGAGGACGUUGUCCAAGUGUUAAUGGAAGAAUCGGGGUCAGAACAUGUUGAAUGCAUGGUCAUAGACUUGUCUAAAACUGAUGAGAAAAAGUUCAGUGUUGAGGCAUUCAUGAAGAUGAAAAAUCUAAGAUUGCUCGAUGUGCAUGGUGCCUAUGGAGACCGCAAGAUACACCUUUCUGGAGACUUUGAAUUUUUGUAUUACAAAUUAAAGUGUCUCUGCUGGGAAGGAUACCCCCUAAAAUAUUUGCCAUCAAACUUCAAUCCUAAGAAGAUCAUUAUGCUGGAGAUGCCUCAGAGCUCCAUUAAACGACUUUGGGGGGGAAGACUGGAACUCAAAGAGUUGCAGUUCAUUGAUCUCAGUCACUCCCAAUACCUGACUGAAACCCCAGACUUCACAGGAGUACCAAAUCUUGAGACAUUGAUUCUUGAAGGUUGUACAAGCCUCUCUAAGGUUCACCCAUCUAUUGGAGUUCUCAAAAAGCUUAUUUUGUUGAAUUUGAAGGAUUGCAACUGUCUGAGGAGUCUUCCUGGAAGCAUUGGGUUGGAAUCUCUAAAUGUGCUUGUUCUUUCUGGCUGCUCGAAACUUGAAAAAUUUCCGGAAAUUGUGGGAGAUAUGGCACACUUAUCAAAACUUGGCUUAGAUGGGACCGCAAUAGCCGAAGUACCUCAUUCAUUUGCGAAUCUAACUGGGUUAACUUUUUUGAGUCUCAGAAAUUGUAAGAACCUUGAGAAGCUUCCAAGCAACAUUAAUUCUCUGAAAUAUCUAAAAAAUCUGGAUUUAUUUGGCUGCUCAAAGCUUAAAAGUCUACCUGAUAGUUUGGGUUAUCUAGAAUGUUUGGAGAAGCUGGAUCUAGGCAAAACUUCUGUAAGACAACCACCAUCCUCCAUUAGACUUCUGAAAUAUCUGAAAGUGUUAUCUUUCCAUGGAAUUGGUCCCAUAGCAUGGCAGUGGCCCUACAAGAUUUUAUCCAUAUUUGGAAUAACUCAUGAUGCCGUGGGUUUAUCUUUGCCUUCUUUGAAUGGUCUACUAUCUCUAACAGAAUUAGACCUUAGUGAUUGCAAUCUUUCAGACAAGAUGAUCCCUGCAGAUUUUUACACCCUUUCCUCACUGGAGGUGCUCAAUAUAGGCAGAAAUAAUUUUGUAAAUAUACCUGCAAGCAUCAGUCAACUUCCUCGGUUGCGAUUUCUUUAUUUGGAUGACUGCAAGAAUCUUAAAGCUCUGCGAAAACUUCCAACAACUAUACAUGAAAUUUCUGCAAACAAUUGCACCUCACUAGAAACAUUAUCGAGUCCAGAAGUAAUUGCAGAUAAAUGGAAUUGGCCAAUUUUCUACUUUACUAAUUGCUCCAAGCUUGCUGUGAAUCAAGGCAAUGAUAGUACAGCUUUUAAAUUUCUAAGAAGCCAUUUGCAGUCCCUACCGAUGAGUCAGCUUCAGGAUGCAUCGUAUACAGGCUGUAGAUUUGAUGUUAUUGUUCCCGGAACAGAAGUUCCAGCCUGGUUCAGCCAUCAAAAUGUGGGCUCAUCCCUUAUCAUCCAGUUAACUCCAAAAUGGUACAAUGAGAAGUUUAAAGGACUGGCUAUCUGUCUCUCUUUUGCAACCCAUGAGAAUCCACAUUUACUUCCUGAUGGCCUAUCUACAGAUAUUGCCAUUUAUUGCAAGUUAGAAGCCGUUGAGUAUACUUCAACCUCUAGCUUUAAAUUUCUCAUCUAUAGAGUCCCAUCUCUAAAGUCGAAUCACCUUUGGAUGGGCUUUCACUCCCGAAUUGGAUUUGGCAAAUCAAAUUGGCUGAAUAACUGUGGCUAUCUUAAAGUUUCCUUUGAAUCCUCUGUACCAUGCAUGGAAGUGAAAUAUUGUGGAAUCCGUUUUGUUUACGAUCAAGAUGAGGAUGAUUACAAUCUCAUCCCUUUCCAGUCCAGUCAUCUUCAUCUUUCUGAGAAUUUAGGUCUUGACUAUCAAGCUGUUGAUGUGCCAAUGGUGGUACAAGAAGCUUGCAAGUUGAAGAGGGGCUACGAUGACUAUAAUGAGGCUGGAUCUAGCAGCAGUGGAAGUUCUUACAAGGAAGAGGAGCCAUACGCCAAACGCUUGAAAGAAUUUUGAACAACUUCAGAAAUUGGAGCUUCUUCUGAUGAAACAGACAAGGGGAUCACACUGAUUUGGUAAAGCUGAUGAAUAAAAUGGUAAAGCGGGAUAAAUUUUCUCUGUUCCCAUAUAUUCUGAGCACUGAAUGAGCUUAAAGGUGGAGUUUACAGAUCUUCAGAAUGGGUUUCUCAGCGUGUCUUGACGCCUGCCUCGCAAGUGGCCAUUAAUGUGGUACAAGGUGGUUUUACAUGUUAACCAGCCAGAGCAUCAUUAAUUAUUCAAGUGGAAUUGACUUCUUGCAAUAUGAGGAAAUUUAAGAAUCCUUGAGGUAGAUUCACAGAUUAAGAUGGAUAUAUUUGGAAGAGUGUUAUAUUCAGUGGUUCUCUUGUAUCAAUACUCUUCAGCCCUGACCAAAGAUUGGAUGAUCCAGGUGCAACACAUUGACAAGACAGCCAGCUUUUAUGAGGGCAAGCACGCUAACAUUGCCUUGUGAUAUUUCUCCUUGAGCUGGCUGGUGGAAUUGCCAGUAUUCUGAUGGAUGGCGCUACUGAAAUUUUGAGAAUUCUUCUGAUAUCAGGAUUUGAAUCUUGAUUUAUUCAUAGAAUAAUUGACAGAAAAAAUAAUGUCAUCGAAAUAGAGGUGAAUGGUAAAUAAGGAUUGGCACAA